AUGGGGGAAGGGAAGGCCCAACAAAGGUCAGUGCACUUCUCUGGCUGCAGGCCCAAAGUGUUAGGAGAGUCUCUGACUUCCAGCUUUACAAGAGUCAGCCCAGUCAGCCCUCUGUCCUUUGUGCCUCCUCUCCACCCCCACCCAGCCUCCCUGACUCUCAGGCCCAGCACAGCUCAGCUAUUUGUUCAUGAGUCUCUUCAUCUGAGCUGUGAGGAAGACUCUGCUGGAUGGACGGUGAAGAGGAACACGACCACAGAAACCAUGACAGAGUGUGGACGCACCUGGGGAACACUAACAGCUUCCUCCUGCAGAAUCAGAUACACAUUCCCAUCAGACACUGGAGUUUACUGGUGUGAGUCCAGAGAGGGAGCAACCAGCAACACCGCCAACAUCACCGUCACUGGUGGUGAUGUGAUCCUGCAGAGUCCUGUCCUUCCUGUGAUGGAGGGAGCUGCUGUGACUCUGAACUGUACAACCAGGACUCCCUCCAACCUCCCAGCUGAUUUCUAUAAAGAUGGCUCCUUCAUCAGGACUGAGUCUACAGGACAGAUGACCAUCCACCAUGUUUCCAAGUCUGAUGAAGGCCUCUACCACUGCAACAUCUCUGCUUAUGGACAGUCUCCACCCAGCCGGCUGGCUGUGGCAGUUUUACCUUCAGCUACAACACCACCACCAACACCAGCCGCUCCUCCAGCUCCCCUGCUGUCUCCAGUCAGACUGCUCUGCCACCUAGUGGUGUUCUGUCCUUACUGCAUCUCAACUCUGCUCCUGGUGUCUCUGUGGCGCCAGAGGUCUGCAGCUCUGGCCAAAGGAAACGUCCGGCCCGUCUCCAUGGCAACGGCCCCACCGAAUCAGGCUGAUGAUGAUUAUGAUGAUGUCAUUGCCGAUGUCACCACCGAGCACCGCUUCUGAGAUGAAUGGACAAGAUACAGAGAGAGACACGACCCUGAUGAUGACCUCAUCCUUGUGUCUCCAUCUUUAAAAAAU